UCCCCCCCCACACACACACACGGAACCCAACGUGUCUCGCCACAAAAGUGAACACUUGUGUGUUUACAUUCUUGUGUCACCGGACUAAGGUGUGCGUGGCUGCUCCAAGAAGUCUUAAUGCCACCACUCAAAGCUGUAGAGCGACUGGAGAAACUUUGUGGCAGUAAAGUUGCAAAUCACCUUUUUUGUGUCUUCUCAUCAUGGUACAAAGGCAGCAACGGUUUCAAUAUUAAUAUUGACCAUAACUACAUUGAAAGUGAAAGCUUAGGAAAUGGUACUCUACUGAAGCUUCAUGGCUUGUUGAAUAAUGCUUCAGAGUAUGGAGAAGAGUCCCUGCUUCAGGAUUGCAAUGCAAGAGAGGACAAAUAUAUUCAGCAGUUAGCUGAAAAAAAUAAUGAACAAGGAAACUGCAGAAGUGGUGCAGUCUCUCCUAUACCACUUCAGUACCACAUGAUAGAUGCAGUAAGUCACUGGUUGGCAAGGGAAGCAAAAGAAUACUUGUCCAGCCACUUAGCCCCAAGGUUCCGGGAAGAGGUCCUUGAACUCCUUAUAAAUGUAAUUGCUUGUAAGGUUGAUUUGCCCAGGCCCAAAGAAAAGCUUCGCAUAUAUGAGGAACAUUUGGAUUUUAUAUGUUUGUUAGCCUUCUUAUUAUGCAUAAGCCUGAAGUGUUUGCUGACAAAGGGUGUUACAGCUUUGGAUUUGUCUCCUAUAUCACAUUUAGUAAAAAAAUGGAAAUUGUUGUGUUGGGGUGGAGAAAUUGUCAAUCAUAAUGGGGAAGAAUGUAAAUGUCCUUCUUUUGACAUAUUUGGCUUUUCUUUUGACAUUGGAGUUUCAGGAUUAAAAACACUGAAAUAUCUGAAGUUACCCCAUUUUGUAUAUAACAGCUUUGUAAGGAAAGUCGCAUACAUGUGCCCUAACCUAGAAGUUUUAAUUCUGCGAUGUUCAGCAGACUGUGCCAACCCAAAGUACAAUGCUCCUGUUGUCACUAAUGUGGAACUAUUGUAUGGAGACUCUAUGCUUUGUCCUGAUGGCCAUGUGAGACUUAUACCUGGUUGUAAGGAUUUAGUUACUCUUGCUUUGCCUGAAGGUGUAGAGACCUUAGAUGUCACCAAUGAUGCCAUUGAAAUGUUAACCUACAUGCCCAACCUGCAGUACUUUGUAGGUGUUCCUAUGAUUUAUGUGACAGAGGAGUUUGAGGAAAUUUUUGAUCAGUUUCCUGAGCCUCCAAAGUUAACUAAUUUUCAUCAUGGUGCAUAUGAAAUAUUGAGUUGGCCAACUUUUGUGUAUGAGGAGUCUCCAGCAGUACCCAAUCCUGAGUAUUUGUCCAGAGUGUUUUCCAGAGUUAAAGAGGUAGGAAUAUAUGCACCAAGUCAUGUCACUGAAAAAGUUUUGAAGGGAUUUCCAAAGGCUCAAGACAUUACAAUUUUCACGGAUAAUUUUCCAGCUCAUGGUAAAUACUUAAAAAACUUGACAUCACUGGAUAUCAAUACAGGGUAUCAAGAAGAGUGGCCUAUUCUUGUCUCCCUAAGUCAGACCUCCCCAAAACUAGAACAAUUAACCCUCAGAUCUUUCUCCUUGCAAAUGGAUGAUGUCUGUACCCAAAGUCCUGUCUUUUCAUCCUUGCAUACCUUAAAGUUUCAUGGUCAACAUGUACUACAAGCAACUGCACUGCUCAUCUUCCUUCGUGGUUGUCCUUCACUCUCUACCUUCGUUCUCUCAAUGAUAACAGAUGAGGAUGGAGAUUCACAACUGGAUGAACAAACUCUCUUGCAAGCUAUUCCAAUGUUAACUGGUAUCCAGAAAUUUGUAUAUAAAGUUCAGAGUGCUUUCAAGACCACAGGUGGUGUUCCAUCUAGCUUAACAAUGCAGUCAUGUUUGGCUUUGAUUGAAGCUUGUCCAUACCUUAUGUAUAUAGGACAACUGGAAACGUGGAAAAUUACAAAGUUAGAAUUAAAUACUUUACAGGAGUUAGUGAGGAGUAAAAAUUGGGCUUUGGAAAUUGCUUGACAGGGAAAUACAUUUAGAAAAAUAGACAAAAAAGUGUGAUACAUACUUGCUUCUGUUUCUGUACAGUACAUGGAUUUGUAAGACCAAGUCAGUAUGGACUAUUAGAUGCCUUGGAGAAUUAAGAAUAUAGUAUUUAUCUUUUUAUAAAAACAAUAUUCAUGAAGCUGUGUUCGUUAAAAUAAGUUUAAUUGUUGCCAUUGUCUGGAUUGCAGAUGUAUAUGUAUGUGUUUUAAAGAUGCAUUGAAACCUUAAAUAAAACAUGGUAAACUACAAUUUUAGGAAAUAUUCCAGUAUGUAGUUAUAAUUCUAGGGGAAUAUUUCACUAGGUUGGGACAUAAGGCAUUUUUACUAGUCCUUUAGUCUGUUUCUAGCCAUGAUAGUCUAGAUGGAGAGCAGUUGUGGAUUCAUAAAUGUGAUAUGGCCUCCAGGAGACAAUAAACUAGUUCUAUCAAAAUAUUCACUCCACUCAGGUUCUGACUUCUUCCAAACUUGAAUGGUUGAAACAUGCAUUAAGGUGGAUUCACACGUGUCAACAUGCGACUGAAAUUGUAAGUACUGACUGAGCCCUUCCAGUCAAAAUGUUCACACAGACUAGGAAGUAUCAGCUGGUUGGCAGGAAGUGAAUGUAAACAAAGAAGUAAUCAACAAGAUGUCUUCCUCUGGUGACGACGAUGAUUGUGAACAAAUUAAAUCAUCACAUAUUCAAGCCUCACCUCCAACAACACCCUGCAUAGAGGGAAACGGUUCUUCAAGAGUGGCAGCGAUCUCAUUGAAGGUUGAUUUGCGUAGCUUUUUUUUUUUUUUUUUUUUUUUGCUGUAUAAUUUAUUUUUAGGGUUCUAGAUGUGCCCUAUUUCCCUCACCAACUCCAACAUCUCUACAUCUGGACACUACAUUUUCAAACCUUUCUCUGUGACAUCAUAAUGUAAAUUGACUGAACAAGACCGACAUGUUGGUCUUGUUUUGUGACUGGUUUUUCCAAUCACUAGGCACUGAUAUUCAGUUAAAAACUAUCGACUUGCAAUUUCAGUUGCACAUUGACGUGUGAACCAGCCUUUAGGCUGCCUACCAUUGCUCCAGUCAUUGAAAAUUUCUUACAAAAUUUUCAUUUAUGUUGAUGUGUUCCCCACUUGUGCCAGUGUGUAUGUGUGUGUGUGUGUGUAUAUAUUUACCUAGUUUACAUAGUUGUUUAUUACAGGGUUCAAGUGGGGCUCAUAGUGACCUGUCUCCAUAUUCACAUUUAUCCAACUUUUCCUUAAAUUUGUGCACAAUUUCUGCUGUUACAAUCUCUUCACUUAAUCUAUUCCAGAUGUCGACUGUCCUAGGUGGAAAAUUGGACUUCUUAAUGUUCCUGAGACACUUUUUCAUGAUCUUGGAAUGGCCUCUUGUUUGUCUAUCUCUGUCCUGUCAAUUAUAUCAGGUCUUGUCUAUCUAUCUUUUCCAUAUGGUUAACUAACUUAUACAUCAUUAUUAGGUCUCCUCUUUCCUGUCUAUCCUUCAAAGUUGGUAGUUCCAUUUCCUUCAGUCUUUCUUCAUAGGGAAGAUCCUUUAUUUCUGGGGCCAUCAUUUUAGCAAUCCUCUGGAUUCUUUUUAGUUUUUUUAUGUCUUUCUGCCUGUAUGGUGACCAUACCACUGCUCCAUAUUCUAGUCAUAGUGGUUAUCAUAAUUUUCAUCGUACAUGUAAUUGAACACCACCCUGAUGUUGGUUAAUAUCUUGUAUGUUGAAGCAGAGUCCAUUUAUGUGUCUUUCUGGAGUCAGGGUGUCUUGUAUAAUCACUCCCAUUUCUUUCUCCACUCCUUUUCUUUAUAAUCUCUUCUCCCAUUUUAUAUUCCCACAUAGUUCUUCUAUUACUUUUACCCAUUUCCAUUACAAGGGCAUGAAGUUCUAAUAUUCACUUUUGGCUCCACUUCCAGAUCUUGUCAAUGUCUUUCUGCAAUUCCUUAGUCACUGAUGUUCCUUAUUACUCUCAAAAGUUUUGCAUCAUCUGUAAACAAAUCUAUGUAGCUACUCAAAUCUUGUAUAUCGUUAACAUAUUUGGAACAUAAUUAGUACAAGCACCGAACCCUGUGGUAUGUGCCACUAGUAACUGUGCUCCAGCUUGAUAGGGUGUUUCUUAUAAUUGUUCUCAUUUUGCUAUCUGUUAAGGGCAUGCUGUGGUUGAGAUUUAGUAAAUUAUUACGAAAUAUAAUUUUUCAACUUGGCAGAUUGUAGGAAAAGUAUUCAUAAUUCAUAUGGUAUAUGAAUCAUGGCCCUAUGCAUACAGCAACACUCAUUCUGAUGCAUUUAAAGGGACACGAGUGGCGUACUCCAUGAGGUAGGCGUGGUGCAAUAAACAUUAUCUAAGCAUUGUA